CUGUUUGGAUCACGUGUUUACAUAAAUUUGAUAGGAAGUGAUCGACGGAUCGUAAAGCAGAUUAAGUCUUUUUUUAUUAGUUGUCUCGGAAAUUUACCCGGACAAUAAUGAGUCUGAAAGAAACGCGUGAAUUUAAGGGGCCGUCAAAAAGGAGGAGAUCAGAGUCUGAUCGCGGCGCUGCAGAACGACGGGCUGGAUGCACAAGUAAAAGACUAAAGUCAACGAGAGCUUCUUCUCCAACACUCAGUUAUAUGUCAAUGAGGACAGACUGGUCAAUGGAUCCACCUGCCAACUUCAAAGAUGGAGAGACAUUUCCUCUGCAUUUAAGAGUAAGAGCGGCUUCUCCUUCACCUACUAUGAGGACUGACUGGUCAAUGGAUCCACCAGCCAACUUUAAAAGUGGGGAGAUGAAUGCCAGACUGUGGGGAGAGCAUCACUUAAAGUGUCCACUGUGUAAAUCGAUGUUGAAGGAUCCAGUCUCCAUCACAUGUGGACACAGGUUCUGCAGAGACUGUAUAAAUGUCUGGGACGACUGUGCAGGAGAUUUUGUUUGUCCGCAGUGUGAUCGCACAUCAGAAACGCAUCCAGUGCUGAACACAAAUCUGCAGAAAACCUUCAGUCCUGCUUCUCCUCCACUAUCUUAUGCCGGUCCUGAUGACGUGGCCUGUGAUUUCUGCACCGAGAACCGAUUGAAAGCUGUAAAGUCUUGUUCAACGUGUGGUGUAUUUCUCUGUGAGACUCACAUCAGACAACAUUACACAAUACCAGCACUACAGAAACACUCACUGCGUGACGUGACCACAGAAAAUCAGAUGAAGAUGAAACUCUUACUGGAGCAACAGAAAACUGUCAAUAUUUUCAGUAGUGUUACCAGUGGACAACAGAAUCUGACAGACAAGACUCAAGACCCUAUAAAGGAGAUUGCAGUCAAGAGCCUUUUUGAGUCUUUUUUGAAGAAUGCCACGCUUCAGAAACGUCCAAAAAAAUUCACCAAGACCUCCAGACCUAGAGCCAGAGAUAAUAAAGACGUUAGGCGUCUUACACGCGUGUGCUCGACACUUCAGCAAGAUAUUUCAGGGCUUAAAAAGAGCAUCUCAAAGUUUUCAAAGGUAAAGCAUACUAAAAAAGCAAACAAUUAUGAAGAGGAGUCUGGAGAGGAUGAAGAUGAUGAUGAUGAUGGAGAUUCAGAUGAAAGGAGUGAUGAUGAAGAGAGCUAUGAAGAUCACUCUGAUGAGGAGCAAGAAGGUUCUGAAAAUAGUUGUGAUGAGGAGGAGGAUGAAGAUAGUCGUGAGGAUGAGGAAGAUGACUCUGAAUACAGUGAUGAUGAGGGAACUGAUGACGAGCGUUCGGAAAGUUCUGAGGAUCGCAGUUCUGAUGAUUACUGCACUGAGGAUGACGAGGAGGACUACUGAUAUGACAAAUGUGUUAAUCUUAGGUGGUGAUUUAUAAUAUAUUGUUAAUAUAAUGGGCCUUUUACUACUGCAUUUUAAUUAUGGUGUCUUGAGAAAGCCAUCAUACUGUUAUACUACUUAAACUUAAUAUUCUUCUUCUGAGACUAAUUUCUAUAUGCAUCUCCUCCUAGAUCAUUCAUCCUACAACCACCAAACUAACACCAAACCUCCAAAGAGGUCUGAUUCGAGUUGCUAUAUCUUUUCCAACUGAUCCCACUUACGGUCCCAUAAAUUUUAGAAAAGUCCCAUUGACUUAACUUUGGACCAAAUUUUAUGACCUCAUAACGUUGCGCCAGACUGUCAUACAGACUUAAGGUUGGGCUUGUUUAACUCAGACUACCAAUCUGCCAAUCACUGAUGACUUUUCAACUUACUAGCCACACUGCAGCAAACACUUACGGCACCCUAGAAACUGUCCCAUAGACUUCAAUUGUAAAAAACUGCCAUUGACUUUACAUUGGACAUACAAACAACAUACCAAUCCAUACUAACAGUAUACUAACAAACAUACUAAUCAUACUAGCAACAUGCUAAUUCAUACUAUAAACAUCCUAGCAACAUGCUAAUUCAUACUAAAUUCAUGCUAACAACAUGCUAGUUUAUACUAGAAACAUGCUAGAUAAUAUAUUGUUAACAUAAUGAACCUUUCACUAGUGCAUUUUUAAUCAAAAUGUUGCUGUGCAUUGUUUACAGCAGUGGUUCUCAAACUUUUAAACCAGCGACCCCCAAUGUAAGAUCGUCAAGAACUCGCGACCCCCCACUACCAAAGCACAUACAAACAAUAAAAAUAACGUUUUUUUAAGCUGUUUACAAUAUUUUAACUAUAUUUACUAUACAUUAUAGGGUUCGAAAUUAACAUUUUUGCUUGGUAGUACUGGUGCUCCUAACUUUAAAAAUGUAGGUGCACCAGCCAAAAUUUCAGCAAAAUAAUAU